CACUCUCAAGGGAGUGGCAGUGAGGUAUAUAAGGGGAGAGAACAUAAGCGGUGUUUAGAAUCAGUGGUAAAGACUGAACACAAGACUGACAUGGACGCCUUGAGAGUCCAGUAUGCAAACCUGGAGCUGGUAGAAAACCAGCAGCUUCAUAAAACAGAAGGUUUGAGCUCUACUGCAGCUCUGGUGGUGAGGAGAGGACUGCCCUUUAAAUUCACUGUGGUUUUCAAUAGACCCUACAGGCCAAACAGAGAUGCUCUCAUCCUCAGAGUGGAGCUCGAUCGUCUUUAUAAUGAUAUUCCCAUCACAUACUCCAAAGACUCCUCUCAGUCCCAGUGGGCUGCGUAUUUCCAGCAGAGUUCACUGGACUCUGGAAAGACUUCAGUCUGCGUGAACUGUCCUGCCAACGCCCCGGUCGGGGUCUACCAACUCCAGCUGUUGCUGAUGUCAUCCGCAGGUCCAUACAGUUUCAAGGUGGGCCAGUUCGCCCUGCUCUGCAACCCGUGGUGCCCUGCUGAUUCUGUCUACGUUCCUGAUGAGUCUCAGAGGGAAGAAUAUGUGAGAAAUGACUUUGGUCUGCUGUAUCAGGGCACAGCCAAAAACAUCAACUUCCGACCCUGGAGCUUUGAUCAGUAUGAAAGGGGUAUUCUGGACAUCUGUAUGAUGAUGCUGCAGGUGAGCAAUGAACACAAAGCAAACUGGAGGAGUGAUUAUCUGAGUCGGGCUGAUCCUGUUUACAUCAGCAGAGUGAUCUCAGCUAUGAUAAACAGUAGUGAUGACUGCGGUGUGCUGCUGGGAAACUGGUCAGAAGACUACACUGGUGGUGUCCACCCUUCAGAGUGGUCCGGGAGUGGAGAGAUUCUGAGGCAGUGGGCUCAGACCCGCUUCAGUCCGGUCAAAUACGGACAGUGCUGGGUUUUCGCUGGUGUCAUGUGCACAGUGAUGAGAGUCCUCGGCAUCCCAACUCGUGUGGUCACAAACUAUGAUUCAGCUCACGACACUAACGGGAACCUGGUGAUUGAGGAGUUUUACACUGAAACUGGGGAAAAGCUGCCACGUGGUCAGGAUUCCAUCUGGAACUUCCACGUGUGGGUGGAAUGCUGGAUGAAGAGGGCAGAUCUGGGAGGAAGUUUUGAUGGCUGGCAAGUUCUUGACCCCACACCACAGGAGAGAAGUGGAGGGAUGUACAGGUGCGGGCCUGCCCCGGUGAAAGCGAUUCGGGAGCGGCGGAUGGGCAUGCCCUUUGACAUCCCAUUCAUCUAUGCUGAAGUUAACGCUGAUGUGCGAGUGUGUAUUGUGCGCCAGGGGCAAGUGUUGAGCUACUCCACAGACACAGGCAGAGUGGGAUCACUCAUUUGCACCAAGAGCAUUGGCUCCAACCGCCCACAGGACAUCACCUCCACCUACAAAUAUGGCAAAGGGUCCACACCAGCUGUGGCAACCAGCAGCAGAUCAGCUGAAGGUCUCUCUGUGAUGCUGACUCUUCUUAAAGCACCUGUGAUGGGAGGAAGCAUCUCCUUCUCUGUCACUGUCACUAACAAAGAGAACACCCCAAAAACAGUGAGGGAGCACGUGAACGCUCAGGCAAAGAGCUAUAACCACACCCCAUCUGAUGCAUUCUGGGAAGCCCAUAACACCAUUCAGCUUGCUCCUAAUGAAAGUAAGGUGCUGCAGCACCAGAUCUCCUACAGCCGCUACGCAGGGCUGGGGGAUGGGCAACUAGUCAACCUAGCUGCUGUUGUAAUGGACGUGGCAACUCAGGAGAGCAUCCUGGCUUCUGAAGAGUUCAACCUCAGCAGCCCUGUCAUCAACAUACGGAUUGCAGAUGAGGUCUCCAUCGUUGCCCAAAGGCAGCAGGUUGCUAUGGUGACAUUCUCCAAUUCGUUCUCGGAGCCUGUGAGUGGAGUGUUGACCGUGGUUGGUGCUGGCCUGCUGGACGACAAAGUGCUCUUCAAUGUUGCUCUUCAGCCUGGAGAGAGCAUGGAGAUCCCAGUUAACUUCACUCCAAAGCUGGCAGGAGUCAAGAUGCUGCACGCGAGUCUGAAGCUGAAUGACAGUGCUGCUGUUAUCCGUGGCUUCAGAACCAUCACAGUCCAAUCAGCAUAAUGAUGAAGAUGAUUAGCCUUUCAUCAGAGUCGAGCACUGUUAGAUGUAAACAUUGUACUUGAACUGUAACUGCACUGGAGGUAUUUGUCAUAUAAUUACUCUUGAAAUUUAUAUUAUUUAUUUAUCCUUUGUAAAAGUUGUGGCUAAUUAAAAAAAACAUUAAUAUUUAUAAUAAUAUUCAUAGUGAAUCUAUUACUGAGCAUGUAUGUUAUGUUUUAAUUGUCUUUGUUUUUCAAAAAUGUAUAGUUUCAUUUGAGCUGGUCUUUUUUUAUGUUGUUUUGGAAUGUCAAAUAAGUAUUAAAUAUUUACAUUUUUGUCAACACGC